AGUUUCUAUGUACGUGCCGUCACAGUGCAGACAGAGGUUGUAAAUAUGGCGGCGGACGGGAUGGUGCUCACCAACCACGACCAUCAGACCCGAGUGGGGAUUUUGACAGUCAGUGACAGCUGUUUCAAGAACCUGGCUGAGGACAGAAGUGGUGUCAACCUGAAAGACCUUGUCCACGAUCCCUCACUGCUAGGAGGAGUCAUAGCAGCCUACAAGAUCGUUCCAGAUGAGCUCGAUGAAAUCAAGGACACUCUUUUGGAGUGGUGUGACGAGCAGGAGCUGAAUCUCAUUCUCACUACUGGAGGAACUGGCUUUGCACCACGUGAUGUUACACCGGAGGCCACCAGAGAGGUGAUCGAGCGAGAGGCUCCAGGUAUGGCUCUGGCCAUGCUGAUGGGAUCACUCAAUGUUACACCACUGGGCAUGCUGUCCAGGCCGGUGUGUGGUAUUCGUGGGAAAACUUUGAUCAUCAACCUGCCAGGGAGCAAGAAGGGCUCUCAGGAGUGCUUUCAGUUCAUCUUGCCCGCUCUGCCCCACGCCAUCGACCUGCUGCGGGAGGCCACGGUCAGAGUCAAAUCCACACACGCCGCCUUGGAGCAGCUGCCCUCUCCUUCCCCUCUGCUGGCCAACACACACAGCAACAUACACGGCAGCAUACACGGCAACACGCACGCCAACACACACACCAACAUGCACGCCAACACACACAGCAACAUGCACACCAUGGAGCGUGGGACCCAGUGUGAGGAGGAGGACGAUGAGGAGGAAGACCAGAGGAGAGGUCACCAUGCCCACAACCACCACCACCAUCAUCACCACCACCACCCCCAGCAUGGCUCCUCCCACAUCACCGCAGCUGCCAUUGCUGCUAAGACAAGCCAUGCUGAAGUCAUGGCUAAAGGGGGUCCCUAUCUGCUCGGCAACUCACCCGCCCCACCCACUCAUUACACCUGCUCCUGUAGUCAUGACCAGCAGAUCCCGGACUCGAUCAUUUCCCGAGGCGUUCAGGUGCUCCCUCGAGAUUCUGCCUCUUUGAGCUCCACCCCUUCCGAGUCCCCGCGGGCAACACAGGCAACCUCCCGCCUUUCAACUGCCUCGUGCCCAACACCCAAGGUUCAGUCACGAUGUGGCAGUAAUGAGAACAUUCUGAGAGCCAGCCACAGUGCAGUGGACAUCAGUAAAGUGGCACGUCGUCAUCGCAUGUCCCCGUUCCCAUUGACGUCAAUGGACAAAGCCUUCAUCACUGUUCUAGAGAUGACGCAUAUUUUGGGAAUUGAAGUCAUUAACUACAGAAGCGGAUUGGGUCGAGUGCUCGCUCAGGACAUCUAUGCCAAAGAUAACCUUCCUCCGUUCCCCGCCUCCGUUAAAGAUGGCUACGCUGUGCGAGCUGCUGAUGGCCCCGGAGAUCGCUUCAUCAUGGGAGAGUCACAGGCUGGACAACAGCCCACCCAUACAGUGAUGCCAGGUCAGGUGAUGAGGGUGACGACCGGAGCUCCGAUUCCUUGUGGAGCUGAUGCUGUGGUCCAAGUAGAAGAUACAGAGCUGCUGAGGGAGUCUGAGGAUGGCACAGAGGAGUUGGAGGUGAGGAUUAUGGUUCAGGCCCGGCCCGGACAGGACAUCAGGCCAAUAGGUCAUGACAUCAGGAGAGGAGAGUGUGUGUUGGCCAAAGGGACACAUAUGGGCCCGUCAGAGAUCGGCCUGCUGGCUACAGUGGGAGUGACCGAGGUCAGCGUGCACAAGUUUCCUGUGGUGGCUGUCAUGUCCACUGGGAAUGAGCUGUUGAAUCCAGAAGAUGACCUCCACCCAGGAAAGAUCAGAGACUCUAACCGCUCCACUCUUCUGGCCACUAUCCAGGAGCACGGGUACCCCACCAUCAACCUGGGCAUCGUUGGAGACAACCCUGAUGACCUGCUGUCAGCUCUGCAUGAGGGAAUCAGCCGCGCUGACGUCAUCAUCACCUCAGGAGGCGUGUCCAUGGGAGAGAAGGAUUACCUAAAGCAGGUGCUGGAUAUUGACCUUCAUGCUCAGAUCCACUUUGGACGUGUCUUUAUGAAGCCAGGUCUUCCAACUACCUUUGCCACAGUCGACAUUGAUGGAGCACGGAAACUCAUCUUUGCUCUGCCAGGUAACCCAGUGUCUGCAGUGGUGACAUGUAACCUGUUUGUGAUUCCUGCUCUGAGGAAGAUGCAAGGCAUUCUGGACCCUAGACCUACUAUUAUUAAAGCUAGGCUUUCCUGUGAUGUUAAGCUGGAUCCUAGACCAGAGUAUCACCGCUGUAUUCUCACCUGGCAUCACCAGGAGCCACUGCCCUGGGCACAAAGCACAGGCAACCAGGUGUCCAGUAGGCUAAUGUCGAUGCGUAGCGCCAACGGCCUGCUGAUGUUGCCUCCUAAAACAGAGCAGUAUGUGGAGCUACAUAAGGGAGAGGUGGUGGACGUCAUGGUGAUCGGACGACUAUGAUGCAGACUUCAGUGUCACUCACUACCGAUUGCCAUGGCAAUGCCAGGACUUCCUGUCUGAACAGGAAAUGGGUGGGA